AUUUAUGUACUAAUAAUUGGGCUGAGUCCUCAAACAGUGGGGUCACAUCUCCAUUACUCCAUUCUCCUAAUUCAUCACUGGUCGGCGGCAAUGGAGAAAAUAGUGGUGGUGGUGGAGGAGGCGGAGGCGGCGAUAACAGCCCUGAAAUGGGCGCUCCACAACAUCCUCCGCUGCGGCGAUGUGGUGACGCUCCUCCACGUGUAUCCGACGCAGAGAUCAAAGAGCAAGAGAAAGCUCCGCCGCCUCCGCCUCAAGGGCUUCCAAUUAGCUCUCUCCUUCAGAGAUAUCUGCAACGCCUUCCCCAACACGAAGACGGAGAUCGUUGUGACGGAGGGCGACGAGGAAGGGAGGAGAAUCGCCGCCGUGGUGAGGGAAAUCGGAGCCUCCACGCUCGUGGUGGGGCUUCAUGAUCGGAGCUUUCUAUACAGGUAUCUAACACUCCAAAACAAUAGCAUAAGGCAUUUGAACUGUAAGGUCCUUGCCAUCAAAGAACCAACAACAAGUCCGACAUCCACAACGAUCUCUAUAGAAGGGUCUUCGACUACGAUGGACUUGUCACAGAUCGAAAUAUCCGUACUUAGUAUUCCUGAAAUUCGUCCUCAGAAAAUCCCAUACCAAAUUUGUCCAGAUCCGAAUGCUAUAAUUUGGAGAUCAAAGCCAACAAAAAAGUAAAGACAGAGAGAGAGCAUCAUAUGCAGAGAGCUCAAGAUCUUCAUUGUCUAGCUACAUAUAUACAAAUGAACAUUGUAAAACAAGACAUUUCCAGCUAUUAUUUCUCCUUGGUAGAAAUUUAAUAAAAACUGAGGAGUGAGGAGUGUUCUCUCUUUUAUUGAUCA